AUGGAGUCAUUGAAACGAAUAAAACUAGAGCGUGGAACCAGAAAAAGUUUGUCCACGAAAUCCAGCAAGGGAAGCAACCCGUUACUGAAUGCACGUGGGUUGCAAAAUCUUUCCGGCCCAGACCUAGAUCCUAAUCCAGCAGGCCUAGCUUCUAAUCAUCCACUCAAGAAGUAUCACCACGGGCUGAAUGACGAUGUUCCGAAAUCCGGUCGGCAAGUCGUCAAAAGAUUCAGCAAUCCAGAAGCACUUCGGUCAAAUAUCCGGGGCAAUUUCAGCCACGGAAUAUCUCGCCGGGAAAUCCUGGAAAGACGUCGGGAAAAUCCGGAAAAAUUCACCCAGACACUGCAGCAUUGGAAGCCGGGAAUUGAAAAUGAUCGGCGAAAUUCUUACGCUGAAUCGCGGCCUCAAACUUUGCCGUCGAUAGGCAAACUAGCGUACAACCAGGAAAGGGGUUUCCCGAUAGAAAAUCGCAGGAUUUCCCGACAGGAAAUCCUUAACCGCAGGACCAGCUUUGAGGCACCCAGGACUCCGGUCCAGGUUGCGAUUAGAAGAAAGGCCAAUAGUUUACUGGAGCCUCCUAGCAGGAUUCUCUUCAAUCCGGAGAGAAAGGAUGAUUCGCGACUCUUAAAAUCCUCCGCGUAUGUGAAGAAUGCCGGGAGCAGUUGCAAUACCGGAAAGAAGAGAGAGGGCUUUCUUGAUAGAAGAGAAGGUGCCAGAUCGGCUGCUGAUUUUCUUACAGUUUCCAAUCGGCUGCGAGACGCCACGCGUGAUCUCGUACCAAGACCCUCGACCCUUCCGAAAAUCGUUCAUACUACCAGAAAUUUGCCCUACGAGUCGCAUUACAAUAUCGCGCUUAGGCAGCCUAAAGAAUCCGCGAGCAGGGAGGCGCCGAUUUAUGGGAGAAUUCGAAGGAGAAAAUUGUCCUUACCGGCGAUUUCGAGGGAGUCCAUUCUCAGGAAAUCAACGGGAAGUCUUCAGUACUACAGAGAUUUGGACGCUGAUUCAGUAAAAGAAACCCCGAUUAGGAGUUAUAGACAUUUGGCCGGUGAGAUGAAGCUGGACUGUAAGAAAUUGUCGGGGACAAUUUUGAGGAAAUCGGCGUCAAAACCGGCUGGUCAGGAUCAAGAGGACAAGGCUGAUGGAGGUGAUAAAAAGGGACCAAGCUUGAUGAAAGAUCGUGCGAUUUCAAGACGAAGGAUUAUCAGCAGUGUUAAAGAAAGCAAGGAAGGAAAUGAUAAAUUCAGAAGGACUAAAGAUAGGGAUAAAGAUUCAGGGGAUGUUGGGAGUCCGAAGGAGUCAAAUGUGAUCAGGCGGAGUGUAAAUGAGAGUGAAAAUAAAAUUAAGGGUGUUGUGCAGCCGAAGAAUUCUAAUUUGAGAGUCAGUACUUGGCACAAUGUUAAGUCAAGAUCUACUGAUGCUAAUGCAAAGAACAAAAGUGAUGCGAAACAGACUCAUUCGACGACUCUGCCUCUUUAUAUGAAAAGUGUCCGGAAAACUUCGAGCUGCACUAGUUCAAGUAUUCCGACAAAAAUCGCGUCAAGGACUGCGGAAAAUCGACAGCCUGAUACGAAAACUUCGCGGUUGGAGAAGUUUAAAAAAAGUGCAACUGUUAUUAAGACAACUAAACACACGAGAUCCCUGAGUGAUAUAAACAGCACGAGAUCGGUAUCUCCGGCUCCCUCGUCUUCGAUUUUCGGGUUUUGCACGGGGAGAAGAAAGGUCCAGAUUACGGGGAAAAAGAGUCAGGAUGCUGAUAAAACUAAGGAAUUUGUUAAGGGGGAUUUGAAAUUAAGAAAAGGUGAACUUGUGUGGUUCGACCCAGGUGUCGGUCAUGUGCUACCAGGAGAAGUGUUGGAAUACCAUCGGGCUGCUAAUGUGCUAUCAGUACAGGCUGUCAUUGCUGGCAAGCCGCAAACUUUUACGCUUACAAACCUGACUGGAGUGAAGCCUAGACAAGAUCUUGGACAGAAUGGAGUCGAGGAUAUGAUUCAAUUGAAUGAUUUAAACGAAGCAUCUCUACUUUGGAACCUAAAAAUCCGAUAUGACAAAGAGCUUAUCUACACAUAUACAGGCAGUAUCCUCGUGGCCGUGAAUCCGUACAAGAUGUUUGACAUUUAUGGCUUAGACCAAGUCAAAUUAUACGAAGGAAGAAUCCUCGGAACAUUACCGCCACAUCUUUUUGCCAUGGGUUCUUCGGCUUAUAGUCAAGUUUCAGCGGCUAACAACUCAACCGCAAACCAAGUGGUAGUUAUUUCUGGUGAAUCUGGUUCCGGUAAAACCGAAUCUACUAAACUUGUAAUGCAAUAUCUGGCGGCUGUUAAUCGUGCGCCAAGUAAUCUUGUUACCGAACAAAUUUUGGAAGCUGCGCCUCUUUUAGAAAGCUUUGGGAAUGCGAAAACACCCAGGAAUAACAACAGUAGUCGAUUUGGAAAAUAUCUUGAAGUUCAUUUUCGAGACGGAGUGAUAGUCGGUGGACGAGUAACGCAGUAUUUAUUAGAAAAGAGUAGAAUAGUAACCCAGGCAUCAGACGAGAGAAACUAUCAUGUAUUCUACGAACUUCUCGCUGGCCUUGAUCAACAACUGAGAGACAAAUACGGUCUUCUUACUCCCGACAAGUAUUUUUACCUCAAUCAGGGAGGAAGCUGUCAAAUAGAUGGAAAAAAUGACACCCAAGAUUUCAAAGCCUUGCUAUCAGCGAUGCAAGUCCUCGGAUUCACUUCCGAAGAACAGGACACCAUAUUCCGAAUUUUGGCAAGCGUUCUUCAUCUCGGGAAUGUCUAUUUCCAUAGAAAGCAGAUGAGACACGGUCAAGAAGGCGUUGAAGUUGGCUCGGAUGCCGAAAUACGCUGGGCGGCUCAUCUUUUGCAGAUAAAUGUCGAGGGAAUUAUUCGAGCGCUUACGACAAAAACUACCGAAGCGAGGAAUGAAAGAGUGUUAACAGCCUUAAAUAUUGACCAAGCCUUAGACGCGCGAGAUGCCUUCGCAAAGGCUCUCUACAGCUCGCUCUUCUCUUGGCUAGUCGCACGGGUCAAUCACAUUGUUUACAAAGGAACUAAACAAACCUCGGCGAUAUCUAUCUUAGAUAUUUUUGGGUUUGAAAAUUUCACAGAAAACAGCUUUGAGCAAUUAUGCAUCAACUACGCUAAUGAAAAUCUUCAUUUCUACUUCAACAAACAUAUAUUCAAACUAGAACAGCAGGAGUAUGCGAAAGAAAAAAUUGACUGGACGACUAUUAAUUAUACUGAUAAUCUACCAGUUAUUCACUUGAUUGCCAAGAAACCAGUAGGAAUUCUUCACCUGCUAGAUGAUGAAAGCAAUUUUCCAAAAGCCACCGAUCUUUCUUUCCUCGAGAAAUGCCACUACAAUCACGCCCUCAGUGAACUGUACUCUAGACCACGGAUGAAUUCCGCAGAAUUCGCGAUAAAGCACUACGCCGGUCAAGUCUGGUACAACGUCGACGGAUUCUUGGACAAAAAUCGAGACACAUUGAGAUCGGACGUCGUGGAGCUUCUCAUUAGCAGUAAAAUUCAGAUGGUUAGUAAGAUGUUCCAGCACGUGAGAUCUGCGCACGAGGCCAAUAAGACAGUGAAUAAACCAAAUGGUCGAUUUGUCACGAUGAAACCACGGACACCAACAGUAUCCGCGCGGUUCCACGAUAGUCUUCAGCAGCUAUUAGAGUCAAUGUCUCAAUGCAACCCGUGGUUCGUGAGAUGCAUUAAGCCGAACAACGACAAGUCGCCAAUGAAAUUCGACAUGCCCUGUGUUCUGGAGCAACUUCGUUACACGGGAAUGCUGGAGACGAUACGGAUCAGAAAGACCGGUUAUCCAGUACGGCUUCUCUUUGGUCAUUUUGUAGAUCGGUAUCGGUACUUGAUAUCCACACGAUUGCCUAGAGGCGCGCCCAACAAGGAACUCUGUCGCAUAAUCUUAGACAAAGCUGCACCAGCAGACGCUCAUGAUCAAUAUCAAUUAGGCUUGACCCGCGUUUUUCUUCGUGAAUCACUCGAAAGGAACUUGGAGUAUAAUCGAGCGUUAAUUUUAGAACGCGCAGCUAUUACUGUUCAACGUACUGUCUUUCUUCAAGCAGUCUACCGUGGCUAUCGCGAGAGGAAAAAUUUCCGUGCUUUGAAAAAAGGCGUUAUUAUGGCGCAAAAGCUCUAUCGUGGUAAAAAAGAACGAGAAAAUUUCAAAGUACUGAAAGAAGAAAUGGCUAAACGCGCGGAAAUAGAAAGGGCAAGUAGAGAACGCGCUAAAGCCAAACAACAACGGGAAGAACAGGAAAGAACUUCGAGAGCUGUUGCUGGCGUUAAUCAUCUUGAAAUUCCAGCGGAAUUGGCAUUUAUUUACAGUAAACUCGACGAUUGGCAACCGUUGCAUACCGAAAGGAACUUAUUAAAAGUAGUCGGCUCUGUUACUCCACUUCCUCUCACGUACAGUCUACCAUCGGAUAUUGACCAACACCAGUUCUCUAAAUUUACUAAUAUUUACUUCAAAAGUCACAUUUUUGGCAUGAAGCGCGAACCAAUAAAGACCCCGUUCUUGGCUAAGGCACGGGAUCAAGAUUAUACGGAUUCGCUGAUGAUAUUCAAGCUGAUUUUAAGAUUCAUGAAUGAAAAUAAUCUCAGCGGAAAACGGGAGCAUGCGCUAGGUGACUAUAUUGUUAAUAAAGGGAUCGUCAAUGAGAAGUUACGUGAUGAAAUACUUUGUCAACUGGCCAAUCAAACCUGGAAGAAUGAAAAUGAUCAAAAUAAGGAACGAGGAUGGUUGCUUUUAGCCAAUUGCUUGUCAGCUUUUCAACCUAGCCCAACGUUAUUUAAAUAUUUUUUGAAAUAUGUCUCAGAUCACGCUUACAAUGGUUACAAGGCUUAUUGUCAACGCAAGCUCCUUCAAGGAGAACGUACAGUGAUAAGAAUAAUGAACAGCAAUCAAUUAACAGCUCAUCAUGUACCAAGAAGUUAUCCGCCGUGUGUGCUCGAAUGGAGAGCUAAUAGAAACCGAGUAAACAUGGCUCUUAACGUCAGAUUUUAUGACGGUGAAACAACAACAUGUGCAGUUGAUUCUUGGACAACUUGCGAGGAAUUAGCAAACCUCGCAAUUCAAAACCACGGAGUCGAUAAUUCCGGAUGGACUGUUAGUCUUUGGAAUUACGACACGAUGGUCACCGAGACAAAUGGGUUUGACUACGUAUUAGACUUGAUCUCCGAGAUGGAGUUGGCCCCGGCGUUCCCAGCGGCAAAACAUAUGUUCCUAGAACAACGAAAGAACAGCUUCCCUCCAAUUAAAAAGAGAGAGCAUACACAAGUCAUUCGUGAACUGGAACAAGACAUGGAUAUACCAGUGCCUGUGCUUAAGACCUUCCAGCCGUUGGAGAGAAAACCAGUGACGAAGGUGGUGGACAAGCCUGUUGAACCGGAACUUCAAACGCCUAGAAGACCGGCAGUGCCUCCACCUCAGCCACCAGUAAUAAAAUCACCUACAAGAAAGCAGUCUCACGAACCAGUUUUAGAGUCUUCCGGAGAAAUUGGACUAUCUAGACAAUCGGCCUUGAAUGAUCGUUACUUCGAGAAAGAAAAACAACGAAGUAGAAGCCUUGACAAUCUACUUCAAUCAGAAAUUAUUUUACCGCCAAGUAAACUGACUAAUUUAGGGCUUUCUUCGUCAAAGUUAAACGAGAGAUACCACAGUCUUGAACGAAUAGGCGAAGUAUCAGUUAACUCUAACUCCGAGUAUAUGACCCGCUCAGAAGUGUCGCAGGAAAGAAAAUACAGCAGAAUCGGUAGAACUACCGAGCCAAACAUCGAAGAAGAAGAAGAUUUGACGAUAGACUUCGAGUACCCGGACAUACAGUCAGUGAGUCAAACUGGAAGGUCUGAAGAUGACAAGAGUAGCUAUAUAAGGUCUCAAACCAGGUUCAUUAAAGCUCAGUACCCAAGUAAGCGAACGAUACCUGGUAGCCAAUCUAGUCGAGCUUACAUCGAGAAAAGCGAGUAUGGCGCCAAGUCUUCGGCAAUGUCUGAUACUAGCGAAGCACCAUCUCUGGCUUCGCAUGUGAGACGAGUCAGAGUUCCCAGUCAGGCAUCAGAUGUCGACCAGUUUUUGGAUGAACUGUUCAUGCCUGUUUUGGAUGGCAAUUUGGACGAGCUUUCAGAUGCUAGGAGCUUAGCUGCGAGUAUUAAGGGGACUUUUAAGAAUGUGAAUGAUGAUGUUAAAAAAUCUGAAACAUUAGAUGACUUUUUAGAGGCCAUUACCGAUGAUCUUGUGAUACAAGAGCUGUCUUCGGCAGAAUUGUCUGCUAAAAUUCGCGGCGGAGGGAAUAUGGACAUUCCUAAUCAAAACACAGCAUUUAACUUCAGUCCUCUGUCACCGGGGAUGAUGUCGCCACCUAUGAUGAUGCCAAUGUUCUCUCCUUCAGCUGCAUCGGGGUCGCUACCAUCAGGACAGAAUUCUAACUUAAAUAUGGGCUCGGGUUUUCUUCCAAUUCCGAUUUACAACAUGCAAGGACUUAAUUUACCUCAGUAUCCAAAUUCUCCGCCAAAUCAGAGCGCAGAUAUGGUCGCGUACCAGCAAAAUCUUCAACGAGCCUUCCUACAAAGUGCGAUGGCCCAGAAUCUUCAAAUUCAGCAGCAAUUACUCGCUCAGAAUCAAGCUUUUCAACAGUUGUUAGUCCAAAAUGGCGUUCAACAGCCACUACCAUUUUCAGAUGGUGAACAAACAAAUCGUGCCAUGCCUUCGCAAUCAACCCCUCUUAGCCAACGUUUAGAGACGGUGACUGUCAAGGCUCAAGUUCAUCGAUCCCAGAGCCCACCGAAGAAAGCUGGGCUAGAUUUGAACAGAAAAACUAGUAUUGAGUACUCGGCUAGGAAAAUAAGUGUUGAGAGGAAAAUUUCAGCUACGCCGGAGUUAAAAAGAACUAGUUCUGGAAGAGGCAAUAUUCAGAGUAAUUUUACAAAUGUGUUGAGUGAAUUGAAAAAUAGGAAAAGCAGUACUGAAUGCAGUCCUGGGAUAGCUAAAGGUGUACCACCGCCUCCUCCAAUGCCGCCACCAUUAGAUGCCCAUGAUCCUUCGGAGUCUAGGCCAUUUUUGGACCCCUAUGGAAGGGCCAAGACUGUUCGCAUUGGGAAGUGGAGAUGGCCACCUCCCAGUGACUCGAAUGAGCAGCAAAUUCAGGACAGUUUUACUGAGUUUAAAAUGCGCCAGCAUCAGCAGCAACGGAAAAUUACUCCGCAGUAUCAGGAGUAUAAUAAUACUAAUGGGAAUGUUAAUGGGGAGGGAUCGGUUGAUUGGGAGGAAUUUGAAAUCGAAAACGUUAUUGCCGAAACAAAAGCUGAAAAUCAUACAGUUAUUUCGACAUCUGUUGUUACGAAACAUGAAAAUCAUAAGGAAGAAGGAGAUAAGAAGAAGAAAAAAUCUAACUCGGAGAUGCGCCAGCGUUUAGAGAAAGUUACUGCAAAUCACAGUGUUCGUUCAACCAAGACCACUGAGAAGCCAGCAUUGCUCCGGGAAGAUGUAAAGGUCAAUAGGCUGGAGGACAAUCGAAAGCUUCUGCUCCAGCAACAGUUAGGUAAUCAUUCAUUCAUUCAAUAG